CGCGGUUCAAGCGAAGGCAUAUAAGGUGGGAUGUUGCCGCCACUGCUUCAUCAGUUCCAAAUAAACGCGAGAAGUUUAAGGUCGGCCGCCAUUAUGAAGAUGCUCGUGAUACACAUUCCUCUCAUAAUUGCUCUCUGCUGCUCCCUGCCCAACGUCUCUGGGAAGCCUUUGACCGUUGACGACGACGAGGACGAGGAUGUGCAGGAGUCGGCCGCCACCACCGUCACCACCACCACCACCACCACCACCACCAUUUCCCAAUUGGACGACACGGUGAAAUUGGAGGACGGGACGAAAGCGGAGGAUCGGAUGCGAGAUAAAAUGCCGAUUUUGCCGCCGAUAAUUCUGCUCGACUUCGCGAACGACACCGAGAACGGGAACACCAGCUACGAGGAAAAAUCGAAACGAACCGUGGACAGUGGUCUCGGUUACGGCCUAAACAACGUUCAGACGAAAAGGUACAAUUAUUAUUUCCCGGCCGGGAAGAGUGGGACGACGGUGAGCAUCGAGGAAUCGAUCAGCCCUUUCCUACCCAAAACGAUAAUCGAGAGGGUGCCCGACAAUCAUCAAACAGAUCCACAGAAAACGUCGCAUCAGAUCAACGCGCUUCGCCACAACUCUUUCGCCACGUCUACCACUUUCUCCGAGAUAAACUCUCAAAGGAGCGGGCACAACUUCGCCUAUCUGAAUGUCCAUCGGUCGGCGAAGCCCCAGCCCGUGUUCGGAUUACGCACGAAGCCUCAAAACACGAACGAGAACUACCAAAGCUUCUUCACAACGGCGAAACCGGCCUCCCUAAGCUCGUUGGGAAUUCAAAAUUCGGGGUAUACGAGGGACAAUGGGGCGGCGACCACGGCGCGAUACGUGACCCCCAGCCCGGCCAACUUCGCCAGGAACCAGUUCACCUACGCCACACAGGAUCCCCCGUUGUUCCGCAGCGGGGAAACUUACGUCGGCCGGCAGAAUCACGUUCAAUCCGAUUCAAUCAAUUCUCACGGCUUCGCCCAAAACGCGGCCUCCUCCUCCACCGCCUCCCCGUUCGCCUACAACCCUUCUUCGUUCCAGCAGCAGAAUGAAGGCAGCAGCGUCCAGCCGAAGUACACGGUGGAGAACGGGGUGCGUUACGAGAACAAAGUGUUCUGGAAAUAUCCGGACGGCAGGGUGUCGGACGUGCCACCGGCCACCUACGUCGAGACCACUUACCCUCGCGAGUAUCCCCGCGAGUCGGAGGAGCCCGUGAAAUCGCAGGACUCGCGCUCGAUUUACGAGAACGGAGAACGGGCGGCGGAGAACAGCGUUCUCUCGCAGGGGCCGGUGCAAUUCCCCUCGAUAUCCGAGGAAACCGGGCGAGAGCCAAACCCGUACAUCUCCGCGGAAUCCUUGUCCACGAGUUUGCCGCAGCAACAAGUGUACCGGCUGAGUUAUCAGAAUCUGGUUAGCCAGAGAUCGCAGAUCGCGCAACGGCACAAGGCCAACGCGGCACCCUCGUCCUACUCUCUCUCUUCCUCCUCCUCCUCGUCGUCGUCGUCGUUGGCCAAGAGCAAGCCUUCUCGAAGGCCCGACUCGAAGAGUUAUCGGCAAAAUUUGUCGAGAUACAUGGUGGACAGCCCGAAUCCCGAAUACACUAGCGGUUACACGACCGAGGCCAGCGUUACCAACGCCACCACGCCUUUCUUCGCGUCGUCCUCCAACUCUGUCACUUCCGUGACGUCCAAGUACGUGCCAAGUAAGGUGCAGGGUUACCUGGACAAGGUAUUGAACGAAGAGUCGAGGCAAAGUUUCGAUAACAACGAUUUGAGCAGCUACUCCAAUCUACGAUAUUCGGAUCUGUUGAAUUACAACCCGUCCAUAUCGGAGUACAUAAGGAAUCCCUCGUCCAUAUUGAACGUGAGACCGACUUUCGUGCAGGCCGGAAACUCUUUGAUACCGGUCAUCAUAUUGAGGGUGGACGGGGCGUCCCCGAUCCAGACCAAGGCCACGGAGAACAUUAAUCUGAAGGCUCUGCUGCAACGAUACCUGGUCCAGUACGCGAAGAGCAUUCAACAGCUGGCCGAACCUUCCACCUAUAAUUUUGGAACGACGGAACGAUCGCUCGCCAAACGGCCCACGUUCGACGGGUUUGAGAAAAAUCGUGCCCUCGAUCCGAUCCGAUUGACCGAGGAUGACGCGCGUCACUCGUCCACUUACAACUCGUACGUGGGGAAAUCGAGCUACGAGACGAGUAAUUUGCAGGAAUCGAAAAACUUUGUCAACGGUCGUUACGUGGAAGGUUCACGGGGAAGGCAGAAGAUGAAGAACGUUGAGAUAAUCGACGAUCCAAGAUUCGCGAGAUUACGAAAUUAAUUAAAAAAA